CCUGCGGGGUCUACACCGCCCGCUGCGGGGCCGGGCUGCGCUGCUACCCACCCCGCGGCGUGCCGCGGCCCCUCCACACUCUCAUGCACGGCCAGGGCGUCUGCACCGACCUGGCCGACGUCGAGGCCAUCCAGGAGAGCCUCCACCCUCCAGAGAAGGAGGAGAUCGACCACCCCAACAACAGCUUCAGCCCCUGCAGCAUCCACGACCGCAAGUGCCUGCAGAAGCAGCAGGCGAAGAGAGUCAACAACGGCAACAAGAUGCGCAGCAGCGGCAGCCCCCAGCACCGCGAGGAGACGCGGCCCAUCGCACAGGGGUCGUGCCAGAGCGAGCUGCACCGGGCACUGGAGAGAUUGGCAGCCUCGCAGACCCGCACCCACGAGGAUCUCUACGUCAUCCCCAUCCCCAACUGCGACCGCAACGGCAACUUCCACCCCAAGCAGUGUCACCCGGCGCUGGACGGGCAGCGGGGCAAGUGCUGGUGCGUGGACCGCAAGACGGGCGUGAAGCUGCCAGGCUUCCUGGAGCUGAAGGGGGACUUGGACUGUCACCAGCUGGCAGACAGCAUGUGAGUGUCACCGCGGUGCCCCGCGCCGUGCCCACGACACCCACGGGCACUGCAUAGGCAAGGAGGAGAGGAGGGGACAUGACUGUCGAGCAGCUCUCCGGUGCCGCAGGACCCUGGCAUGAUCCUGGUGUCGCCGCUGUGAUCUGCCCCAUGGCACGGGGCGUGGCACCACCAUCUGCGCUGUGACCACUAACUGCCACUGAUGAGGUGCCCCUGGCACAACCCAGCGGCAUCUCCACCCUGCACGGACACUUUCUUGGACAGAUGCUGCCCUGGGGCUGGUGCCAGGCUGUCCAGGUGCGGUGAGGGAACAGCACCUACGAUGCCACUGCUUGCGUGCCCUGUGAUGCCCCCCCACAUUCUGCCCUGGACCGUCCAUGCUGUGGCAUAGAUGGAGGACCCAGAGCCUGGCAACUGUGGCAGAGGCGUGGCUGCUGCCUCAGCCCAGCCUGCCCAGCAGGCAGCCAUGGACAUGCCACGCUGGCACCCCUGCCCACAGCGCAUUGCCGUCCACACCACAGCUCAGUGUGUGACAGCAGGAGAAGUGCCUCAUCCUGCCCUCCCUGGCUGCCCUGGCAAUGACUCGGGGGGGGGGCACAGAGAGACCCAUCCCCACCACCUGCCUGGGGCCCUCCCGGCAACCACCUCACCCAAAGCGUGGGUGCUGCACAGAGCAAUAAGAGCCCUUCCCCCUGCCCGCUGCAGCUCCCAGCCCCUCAGCCCAGCUGCUGCCUGCCUGCCCCAAGGCCCAGCCCCAUCCUGCUGCCCAUGCAGGGACAGAGCUGCUGGGUGCAGCAUUGCCUCCCCCCCUAUCCCUAGCCCAUCCCCAGGAUGAGGGAGGUUGGCACUCCCAGGGCACUGAGGGUGCAAGGAGAGGGCUGGGAGGUGAGGGGUGCCCAGGAAUCUCUUCCCAGCAGGAAGAGGCUUCUUUUAUUGCCUUUCCUUUUUUUUGCUUUCCCAAAGAUGUGUAAUGUUUUUCAAAGGCAUUGGUGGGAAUCUCAGAAGCACCUCCGGGGCUGAGAUCUUCCAGCCCCACCCAAGUGGGCACUGCCAGCGAUGGCUGCUGUUUGCCCUGCUUCCAACUUGGCCAACGUGCCCAAACCAGGAUGAAUUUCUGGAACAUCUCAGUGAUGGGAUCUGUGGAUUUUGCCAGCCCCAAGUUCUCAGCUGAGGAAUUGUCUCUGGGUUUGCAGCUGUUGCUUUUUUUUUUUUGCCCCCCCUUGGUUCUUUGGUAUUUUGAAGCUGGGCUGGAAAAUGCUCACCUAAUGAUGUCCUUUUGGGUGAGAAGUGCCCAUGCUGGCUGCCAUGGCAAGUGUGCC